AUGAAGGAAAACAGUCACCUUCUUCCAUUCUUUACCACUCUCACUCUCAUUUGCCUCACCACUGCCCAACACCAAUCUCUUUCUAGCAAUGCUGGCCCUAAAGACUUACAAACAACACAUAGUAAACAUAACCAAAGACAGCUUUUAUAUUACAGAGAGGAAAUUGAUAUAGAAGAUGAGUAUCUGAUGUUACCACCUUGCCUCAAAUUUGACAACCCAAGACUCAGAAGUGCCUACAUUGCCCUCCAAGCAUGGAAACGAGCCAUCAUCUCGGAUCCCUUGAACCUCACAUCCAACUGGGUGGGAUCCGACGUUUGCAACUACACUGGUGUCUUCUGUGCCACAGCUCUCGACAAUUCGUCGAUUCAAACUGUUGCUGGGAUUGAUCUAAAUCACGGCGACAUGGCAGGCCACCUGGUCGAAGAGCUCGGACUCCUGACUGACAUUGCAUUGUUUCACAUUAACUCCAACAGAUUCUGUGGGAGAGUGCCAAAAACUUUCAAGAAACUAAAACUACUGUUCGAGCUGGAUCUAAGCAACAAUCGUUUUGCGGGGAGGUUUCCUUACGUUGUUCUUGAUCUUCCGACGCUCAAGUAUCUUGACCUUCGAUUUAAUGAGUUCGAAGGCGAUUUGCCGAAAGAGUUGUUUGAUAAGGAUCUCGACGCAAUAUUCAUAAACCACAACAGGUUUGCUUUUGAAUUACCUGAUAAUUUUGGUAACUCACCGGUUUCUGUCAUUGUUCUUGCCAAUAAUAGAUUCCACGGAUGUUUUCCAACGAGUUUGGCUAACAUGUCUAAGACCCUAAAUGAAGUGAUUCUCAUGAACAAUGGCUUGCGAUCAUGUCUACCUAGGGAGAUAGGAUUGCUUAAGAAAGUGACAGUUUUUGACGUGAGUAAUAACAAACUUGUUGGUCCCUUGCCUGAUGCAAUCGGAGAAAUGGCGAGUCUAGAAUUGCUGAAUGUGGCGCAUAAUAUGCUGUCAGGAAGUAUCCCUGAUAGUGUGUGUUUGCUUCCUCAUCUUAAGAACUUUAGUUAUGCUUAUAACUUUAUCACUGGUGAGCCACCAGCCUGUUUGGAUUUGGUAGAUUUUGACGAUAGUAGGAAUUGUUUAAGGGUUAGGCCCAAACAGAGAUCAACAUUGCAAUGCAAAGUGUUCUUGUCCAGGCCAGUUAAUUGUGAGGCUUUUAAAUGUCGCAAGGUUGAUCCUUCUCCACCAUCACAAUUGCCACCUCCCCCACCACCAUCACCACCACCGCUGCCACCUUCACCAGCUCCUCCAUCAGCACUACCCUCACCACCUCCUCCAUCAUCAAUGUCGCCACCACCCCCAGUACAUUGUGUUCCAUCUCCGCCUCUGGCACCACCAAAUUCUCCACCACCUCCUCCCAACUACUCACCGCCACCACCCCCAUCAAACUCACCUCCACCACCGCCACCAAACUCACCUCCACCACCUCCUCCCUUCUACUCAGCUCCCCCACCCCCACCAAAUUCACCUCCACCACCUCCUAUUUAUCACUCACCACCCCCUCCAAAUUCAUCGCCACCACCACCUCCCUCAUGUGCAGAACCUCCUCCACCUCCAUCACCUCCGCCAUGCCAGGAGCAACCACCUCCAUCACCAUCUCCAGUCCAAUACUUGCCACCUCCACCUCCUCCAGUUUAUCAUUCACCACCUCCACCUCCUCCAGUUUAUCAUUCACCACCUCCACCAGCUCCAGUGUAUAACGGUCCACUGCCACCGAUUACUGGCAUACCUUAUGCAUCUCCGCCACCUCCACCAAUCUACUAA